AUGUCGCCACCAUGGUUCACUGAUUCAGCAGCGGGGUUGAACCGUUCGGUUCGUCCUGCACAACCCACCUACCUGCCACGUUUCCGCCGUGACGAGAACGUCACGAUCAAUCCCUCCUUCAGUGGCCGUGGCCGAGGCCGAGGUCGUGGCUGUGGAGGAGGUCGUAGACGCGGCCAGGGACGUCGCGGAGGCCGUUCUGGUGGAUAUUUCCACGAUCAAAACCCCAGCAGCUUCACAUUUGGUAUCUCUGAGAAAUUCAACGAGUUGGAGGUUACCCAAGAAGUAGAUGACUCUUCAGAGUUGAAUGCAAGUGCGUAUGAUGACACGCCCGUGGAAGCGUCUGGCACUGACAUACCCCCGCCCGUGAUGUCGUUUUCUGAAAUCUGUUUCAGCCAGUCUCUGAUUGACAACAUAAAGAGGUGCAAGUACGUGAAGCCCACGCCCAUACAGAGGUACGCCAUUCCGGUGGCCAUGGCUGGGAGGGAUUUGAUGGCAUGCGCCCAGACUGGGUCCGGCAAAACGGCAGCGUUUUGCUUUCCCAUUAUCAGUGGGAUUCUUAUGGCUAAUCAGAAGAACAAUAGUUUUGGUUAUCCUCGCAGCAUAGCCUGUCCACUGGCUCUAAUAUUAGCUCCUACAAGAGAGCUGUCCUGUCAGAUACACGAGGAAGCAAAGAAGUUCUCGUAUCAAACUGGAGUAAAGGUUGUGGUUGCUUAUGGUGGGGCACCAAUUUUCCAGCAGUUAUGCAAUCUGGAAAAAGGUGUGCACAUCUUAGUUGCUACUCCUGGACGCUUGGUGGAUAUGAUAGAAAGAGAGAUGGUUUCCCUGAAGAAUGUGAAGUAUUUGGCUCUUGAUGAGGCUGAUAGAAUGUUGGACAUGGGCUUCGAGCCUCAGGUCCGGAGGAUUGUUCAGCAAAUGGAGAUGCCUCCACCAUCUGCGAGGCAAACAUUGCUUUUCAGUGCAACAUUCCCAACUGAGAUACAAAGGCUUGCAUCUGAUUUUCUAUCGAACUACAUAUUUGUAGCUGCUGGGAAGGUUGGCUCAAGCACUGAUCUCAUUGUUCAAAGAGUUGAUUUUGUUCCUGAUAUGGACAAAAGAGACCAUUUGAUGAAUCUUCUUCAUGCCCAGAAGACAAAUGGGACCAAAGGAAAGGAUGCUUUGACCCUUGUUUUUGUAGAGACGAAGAAAGGAGCUGAUAUGCUGGAACGCUGGUUGUGCAGAAGAGGUUUCCCCUCUACUGCGAUUCACGGUGACAAAGUUCAGAUGGAGAGAGAACAGGCAUUGAGAUCAUUCAGAAACGGACUCACUCCAAUUUUGGUGGCCACAGAUGUUGCUGCACGCGGAUUGGAUAUAUCUAAUGUUGCUCAUGUUAUAAAUUUUGAUUUACCAAAGAACAAAGAUGAUUAUGUUCACAGGAUAGGUCGGACGGGACGUGCUGGAAAAUCUGGUUUGGCCACUGCAUUUUUCAGUGAGAAGAAUACACCUCUUGCAAAAGACCUUGUCGAACUGAUGAAGGAAGCGAAUCAAGAAAUUCCAAACUGGCUUAAGGAAUAUGCUGAGGCAACUUAUAUUACUGGUAAUGGAAGAUCUAAACAAUUUGGAGGCAGCAAAUUUGCUGGUUAUGAUUAUAGAAAUGGCGACUAUGUUAAUGGUGGUAAUGGGGACUUCUCUAGCCAUUACGCUAACAAUGCAACAGCAAGUCCGUAUCCCUAUUCUGAUCCCGACGCUUCAACAUUUGUUCCUUACGUCGUCCCUGCUGGUGCUGAUGUUUCCGGUUUCAGUGCUGCCCCUGUUGCGGGUUCAAGUAGCUCUGGAUUUGAUUAUGGUACUGUGGUUGCAACUGGGUGGGAUUGA